UGGCACGCGAGGUGAAAGGACAUGAAGAAAUACGGCUUGGGCAGUUUCACAGACUUGCUGUUCAGAAAUCCAGCAGUUGCUGAACAGGACCCACAUGUGGAUGAUGAGGAUGAGAAUGCCGAGCGUGGGAACUGGUCCAGUAAACGGGACUACAUCCUAUCUAUGAUUGGCUACGCUGUCGGACUGGGAAACAUCUGGAGAUUUCCAUAUUUGGCCUACAAGAAUGGAGGAGGUGCCUUUCUCAUCCCCUAUUUUAUGAUGCUGGUGGUGACGGGAAUCCCCCUCUUCUUCCUGGAAAGUGCCUUCGGGCAGUUUUGCAGCCAAGGUCCAAUCAAUGUAUGGAGAUCGGUGCCACUUCUGCAGGGCGUUGGCAUCGGCAUGGUCAUGGUCACUCUGAUAGUAUCAAUUUACUACAAUGUCAUCAUUGCAUACAGUCUGUACUACAUGUUCGCCUCCAUGCAGUCCCGUCUGCCGUGGUCCGAUUGUCUCAGCUGGGCUGACAGUAACUGCAGCAAAACUCCUAUAGUGCAUUGUAAUGUGAGUGCUGUUCUGACGGCCAACUGGACUCAGAGAAACAACACUUGUCCGCCAUCAGAUAUAAUCACAGUGCCCGUGCAGAGUCCGAGUGAGCAGUACUGGGACCGUGUAGCUCUGCAGAGAUCCAGUGGUCUGGAUGAAACUGGGCCAGUAGUUUGGCACCUGGCCCUUUGUUUACUGCUGAGCUCCAUGAUCGUGGCUGCAGCUCUCAUCCGAGGGAUCAAGUCGUCAGGCAAAGUUGUGUAUUUCACGGCCACUUUUCCUUACUUGGUGAUUUUGAUCCUGCUGGUCCGAGGCGUGACCCUAGAAGGAGCCAAAGACGGGAUAGAGUUCUACAUUGGCACGCAAUCCAAUCUGACGAAGCUAGCUGAAGCCCAGGUGUGGAAAGAUGCUGCGACUCAGACCUUCUACUCUCUCUCCAUCGGCUGGGGAGGACUCAUGACUCUUUCUUCUUACAACAACUUUCACAACAACGUCUUUAAGGACUCGUUUGUUGUGUCUCUUACUAAUGCUGGGACCAGUGUGCUUGCAGGCUUUGCUAUCUUUUCGAUAUUGGGUCACAUGGCUCACGUCUAUAAAAUACCCGUUGGAGAAGUUGUGAAGGAAGGAUUUGGCCUGGCCUUCAUUGCUUAUCCAGGAGCUCUUUCUCAGCUUCCCAUUUCACCGCUGUGGUCCAUUUUGUUCUUCUUCAUGCUUUUAAUCGUUGGUCUGGACUCCCAGUUUGCAGGAAUAGAGGUAAUAACCACCUGCCUGGUUGACGCUUGUCCUAAACUCUUCAAAUCCAGACGAGCCUUACUGACAAUAACAACGUGUUCUGUUCUCUACCUUCUGGGUCUGCCAUGUGUCACAAGAGCAGGAAUAUACUGGGUGACUCUCAUCGACCAGUUUGUAGCCAGCUGGGUGCUGCUGUUCUUGGUUCUCUUGGAGAUCAUUGGCAUUUCCUACAUCUACGGAGGGAACCGUUUUAUAAAAGACAUUGAGAUGAUGAUUGGAAACAAGACUUCAGCUUUCUGGCUGUGGUGGAGGCUGUGUUGGUUCUUCAUCAGCCCCUGCAUCAUACUGAUGAUCUUGGGAUGGUCUGUUGUCACCUUUGUCCCCCCCACCUAUGGAAACGUAAACUAUCCGUCCUGGGGCUUGGCUCUGGGCUGGUGCAUGGUGGCUUUUGUCCUUAUCUGGAUCCCUGCUGUCGCUGUUUUUAAGCUGAUUAAAGCAAAAGGAAACCCAUGGAAGCGUCUGAAGUCACUCUGCUCGCCUUCUGAAGACUGGCAUCCCUACCUGGACAUUCAUCGAGGGGAGCGCUACUCAGAGGAGCGCUGCCGCCGUAAGAAGAAAAGUAAAAAACAUUUAGAGGUUGAAGUGAUCUCCAGCUCGUGGCUCUGA